GCCCGGCGCUGCCCGCGGUCCCGGGGCGCUGGAUGGAGCUCAGCGGGAAGGGCGGCGGGGCGGCGCGGGGGCAGCACCUCCCUGGCGCCCCGCAGGACAGCGCGGGAGGGAGGCGGAGCGCCCCUGGGGAUAGAGCUUUAAAAUUUCAUUUUGAACAGGAUUUAGAAGAAGAACGUCGGACAUUGAAAGAGGAUCAGAAAUUACAUCGGAGUAAGGCACAAAAAUAUUUGAUAGAGACAAACAGAAGAAGAAGAGCCUUUGAAGAAAGACAGAAGCAAGAAGAAGUAAAAGAACAAAGAUUUAGACAAAGAGUUCUUCAGCAAAGGAAAAUUAAACUUCAGGAGGCAACUGAGAAGUUCCAGCGUGCUCAUCUGCCUUUUUCUCAGCACAAACAAAUAGUCCAGACAAAAGCAUCUUCUCAGUUAGAAGAAGCUCUUGAACAACUUAAAGGAUCGGUUUUAACAUCAGGAUUGUCCUUCCCAAGGAUAAACAAAAUCAACUUCAGCACCACAGAUGAUACAUCCUCAUCAGCAUCUAGAAAUGAUUCUUUCCAUCAGAAGCAGAUGUCAGCAAUGUUUGGCUGUGAUAAACCAAUACAAGAGAGCAGUAGAACAAACAUGGAUAGUCACCAACUUCUCUUCCAGAAAAAUCUGAAAGAAAUGCAACAGCUCCUUGAAAAACAGCAUCUGAACAACUUGGAGAAUUUUCAUCAAGAACUCAAUGAAACAGAUGAUUCAGAAAGCCUGACAAGCCUUGACAGUCUUGAGGCUGAAGGACAAAGUGGAAAUUACACAACACCGAAUGAAUCAUCUUUGACUGCACAGUGUGACUGUGCCCUGUAUGAUCCAGAAAAAUCCCAGACUAGGAAUAAUGGUUUACUUCAUAUAGAUCAAAGUACUUCUAAAAAUGCACAUCUAAAUAAUUGCCUGAGAAAUGCAGAUCCACACUACCACAACAUACCUAUUCAUGAUCUUUUAGCUAAACAUAAUGUUCUAACUCCUGCUGAACAUGUGAAUGCUUCAGAAGAGGAAUCAUCUGCUUCUCAGAGAUCUGGAAAAAAACUUCCAGAGUUCUCUACCUCUGAUAAGCAAAAGAGCUCUGUAAUUAAUACAUUUAGUUUUCUGCAAAAUAUAGAAGAAGACAGAAGCAAACCAUCUUCUGGAAUGGCUAGCACAUUAGCCAUUACUCAUCCUGUUUUCAAUCCUAGCAAAGCCUGGGACAGCCCUGAUUCUAUUCCAGGAGAAAGAGUUCAGGAUCUGAUGCAAGAUCAGAGUUUUAAAAUGACCCCACAGAAGAGAACUAUAUCUGUGCAAGCAUCCAGUCAACCUAUUGCAACAUCUAUAAUCUUAUUUCCUAAUCGGGGAUGUUCCACUGGCAUUCCCAGCACAGCUGAUACAUUACCAAAGGACAAAAAUAUCAGUACAAAGUUUUUAAAAAAUACCUCAGGAAAAAUGACUGAAACAAAAGAAGAAAAUAUUAAAUGUAUUAAUGAUACUAUUCCAGGAACAUCUUUAUUUCAAGACAUACCAAAUGCCUCAGUUUGGUUGGAAGUUAAGCAACAGAAUAACAAAGAGAAAGGAAAGGGAAAUAUAAUUGACACUAUGUCACUGGUGUCAGAUACAGAGUUCAAUUCUGGAAUUCCUGCACAGGACAAAACCCUGAAAAGUAAUAUUCUUGAAAGAAAAAGAGCAAAGUUAUUCAGAAGUAUCCUAAAGAAGGAUUCUAAAGAUGAACCCAGUCCUUUCAAAACUGUGGUUGUGAACCAUGGGAUCAGUUUUGGAACUCGAUCCAUGUCAUCUAUCAGAGACAGUUUAGAACUGGCAAAAAUAAAAAAGAAAAGUGCAGAAAAUGAAAAAUACAAUAGGAAGCUAAGAUGGUGUGAUCAAAUUGACCAGAUAAUAACAGAAAAUAAUGAAAAAUGCUAUGAAAAAAGCACCAGUGAAGUAUCUUCUUCAAAGCUGCAAUAUGUUCAAACUGCAAAUAAUUCUCCUAAGAAUAAUUUAAGUAUUGUUGCUCAACCUUCAAACCCCAUGUUCAUGAAAAAUCAUCAGGAAAAUUCUCAUAUAUCAAAACCAAAUGUUAAUACUGAACAAUCAAAUAAAGAAUGCACAUCUCAGAAUAUAUUUAUGUCUACUGAAUCCUUUUCUGCUAAAAAAGCUUGGAUGAUGUCAAAAGAUGAAGCAAGUAAACCCUCAGUAUAUAGCAAUAAUUCUAAAAUUAAUGAAGGUAAUCAACUCCAAAAUAAGGCAAAAAUAACUGGAAGAGAAACAUUUGUAAGAGCCCAGUCAAGUUUUAUGCCCAAGAGAAGAGGCACUAUACUCCAACUGCAGUCAACCACUGGAGCCAACGAAACUCAAAAAGCUCCAGGGAAAUUGCUAACACCUCACCCGCCUUCCGCACCUCUGCCGGGAAACAGAAGUGUCAAAAACGCAGCCAGCCCUGGGUGUCAGUCACUGCUGCCUUCAAGCCUCCAAGCUACCACUACUAGCAGGAAUGAUUUAAAUGACAAGCAUGUUGUGCUAGCAAAUUGGGGUUUAAAUAGGAAUGGUAGAGAAAACAGUGAGAACAUUGCUUGUUGUUCUGGCUUGGCCGCUGUAAUCUCUCCACCCGACUGCAGCACAGCCAAAUAUGAACCUUGGGCAAAAAAUACUUGUUCUGUGAGUGGUGUUCAGGCAAGAGCCUGUCAAAAUCAUUCAGUAACCUGCACUGAGAGAAUACCUGUUAAUGCAGAAAAUGGAUUACAUCUCCAUCAUAUCCCAGCAGCUGGAAAAACAAGCACCUCCUGGCGUGGAGCACAUUCUGCCCGAGCUGCAAAGGAGUCUGCUACUGUUCAAAGUCAAACAGAUGAAUUUAAGAUCCGGGUGACUUAACCUAUUUGAUUUUACAUUGGAAAUGAAUGAAGACUUGCAUUACCAUGCCUCGCCUCCAGCAGAGAUUCUUGCCUUUUGAUGUCCUUAUCUGCACAUCAGAUCAAUCAAUCAGGAAAUGUACUGGGUCAAAGUUGUGUGCACUACUAACACUGUCUUCACCGCAACUUUAAAUGCUACAUUCCCAAUGUCACAUACCUCCAGCUCUUUCAGGGGAAGAGCUGAGGAAUAAAUUUGGGUGGGUUGCCCUUUCUCAGUAUCUGCUUAGAUUUUCUGUUUUGAAAGUCUUCUUUAUUUUAAAUACUCCAGAUAACUCUUACUGACUUGCUGUUAUUUGUUCAAUUGCCUACCAAUUCACAUAGACACCAUAGUCUUUGUCCUGAAGUGCUUGCUGUGAGAUUGAAUACUGCAUUGCUCUCAAGUAAAAUAUCUGCAGAGUUCCAUAAGGUUUGUGAAGACACUGUAGAAAAUGUGAUUUGUUGCAAUGCUUGGCCAAAUGUACCUAAAGUAUAAGUGAGAACAAAAUGAAUAAAUAAAAUUAUCAUCCAUGAGGAUCUUAAUUUAAUUUGGCUUCCAGGCUUCAAGUUGUAUAUCUUCUGCUGACACAUAUUAUAUUGUAGCUGGAUAUUAGAAUUAUUUUAAGACCUUUCUUGUUUAGUCAGUAAAAGGCUUUAAAAAUGUGUUUGACCUUUAGCCUGUCACAAAUAUGGGGCUAAUUACAUGCUUAUAGUUGAACAGCUGUAGACUGCUUAGUAUCUUGUUCCCUUAAAGAUACUGAUGCCUUAAGCCCCUAAUAGUUUUUAUUUUUCUAAUACUUGUAUGUUUUAUAAGUAGUGGAAGUAGACUCUAAAAGCAGCAUCCCUCCCUUCCUUCCUUGUCCCUUUCCCUCUAGCACCCUUGUUUACACAUUCCUUAACCCUCUUACCCCUUUCUAUGCUCCCUAUAUCACUCCUACCCCCGAAU